AUGUCGCAUUAUUGUUUUUUGUUGUCUAAAAAAACAGGUACAAAUCGAACUGAUUAUGAAGAGGAAUCAUUCAAUAGUAAUGUUGUUGACUCGCCCGGUGGGAAAACCAAGUUGUGGAAACCUAUUGUUCCUAAAGAAUUUAUGCCAGAUGUAGAUGCUACUUAUCAAUCAUUAGAGGAGGCGGUUGAAAUGUAUAAAUUAUAUGCAGAUAAAGCAGGUUUUGGUGUCAGAUCAGCUGACACUUCGGAUCCUGAGGGAAGUGGAAGGAAUAAACGAAACUCAAACUUCAAAAUCACGGACUGCAAGGCAUUGAUAAAGUUUGAAAGAAGGAAGAUGGGAAACAUUAUAGGUGACAAGGAUGCACAGCUGGUUGUUGACAAAAUGAACAUGAGGAAAGAUGAGUUACAUAACUACACAUUUGAGUAUAAAUGUGUUGAUAGUGUGUUAAACGCAAUGUUUUGGGCGGAUGAAACCAAUAAGUUAUAUUACAAAGAGUUUGGAGAUGUGAUCUCAUUUGAUGCUACAUUCCGAACAAAUAAGUAUGGAAUGAUUUUUGUGCCGUUUACAGCCAUUGAUAACCACAAACGUUCAAUAAACAUUGGAGCAGUCUGGUACUAUUCUAUCGACAGUGAUGAAAAGAUUGAUGGGUGGCAAGUUGUUAUGAUUACACAAAUGGAUAAGAGCAAACAAUUGAAGAUAAAAUGCAAGGUUGAACUAAAGUUGCUUGAAAAAGAAGUUAAAUGUUCAUGCAAUCACUUCAUACGUACUGUCAUUUUGUGUCGUCAUAUUUUUGUUGUAUUGAAAAACAACCAUGUUGAAGAGAUUCCAGAGCAAUAUAUUCUAAGAAGAUGGAGAAGGGAUGCAAUUUCCAGCCAUUUGCUUGCCAUGAAACAUGUUGACAUGGAAACAGAAGAUGACACCUUUAAACUUCUAACAGAGGCAUACAACAAUGUUGAAUACUGCUUGGAUCAUUUCAAAAGAAGCAAGGAAAAAUUGUUGGAAUUUGUUGAAAAAACACGUUAG